UUCGCAUCUGACGAAUCUGCUGGAAAGUGAAACGCACACAUCCCCACAGACAAAGGACAUUGACACCCCCCAGUAAACACGAUCCCCUGUUUAUCCACAUCACCGAUACUUCCUACAGUGGUAUAUGUCCAAGAACUUGUUAGAUUCACUGAGUAAAUCACUGAAAGCAGUGUUACUUAUUGAAGGAACUAACGUUACUCCACCCAAUUGUCCAUUCAGCGCCAUCCAAUAGGAGCAGCUCUCGGAUUAUAUAUAGUACUAUACAGUCCAAAACCAUAAAUAGGCUAUAGUAGACUUAAAUCAAUAGGCAUUAGAGCGCACACUGCUCACCACUGGCUUCAGGGAUCUUACCAAGAACGAGAACCAGUUCUUCGAGAUCUAUAAACCAUGGCGACCGCACCCGCAGCAAACAUGUACGGACCUUCUGCACCCCCUCCAAACAUGUUCGAUACUGUCCCAGGAUAUGAAGGAACUUUGGCUGGCGGAGGCGGUGGGUAUCUUCCACCUCCCAUGCCAUCUGUACCAAUGCCAGCACCUGAACAGCCCCCCAGCCCAGACUGGCAUAUACCCUCCAUCUCAGAGGACAGGGCACGUGAAGCUUUCGCAGCAUACGUCUCCAGCAAGUGCUGCUAUAGUUCUGCCCCCGUCAAAGAUGGAGUAUUAACCAAUAUGGAGUCCUUUAAUACCUACAGGUAUCGCUUGGAGACGUUCACGGAGUCCAGAUCUACUGAAUGGAGUCAGGAGCCUUACGCAGGUCAGCCUGUGGAUGCUGGUCUUCAGCCUGCUCCAGGUCCCUGGCAGAUUGCAGCUCAACCUCCGGCCUUCUUUCAAGAGCAGAAGCAGACAAUUAAAGUGCCCUUUACUUCCUCAGUCAAGAACUGUCACUUGUGUCUGGGAAGGGGAAGAAGCCCCUGUACCAACUGUGCUGGAGCUGGAAAUAAAGUCUGUUGGGUGUGUAAUGGUUCUGGUAACCGUAGUGGUGAAGACCGCUGCUCGCACUGCAAUGGGCGCGGACGUGAAAACUGUACUUCAUGUAGCGGCAGCGGCUCCUCCCAGUGUACCACCUGUCAUGGAAAGAGACAGCUGCUCGUCUUCAUCAACCUGAAUGUUAAAUGGAGCAUAGAGAAGGAUGAUUUCGUAGCGCAAGAUUCAAGUGGUCUGAAAGUGGAAAAACUGCAGGAGGUUUCUGGGAAGGAGCUCUUUAAAGACGCCCAGUAUAUGGUCUAUCCAGUGAGGGGCUUUCCAGAUGUUUCUGUUGCACAAGCUUCUGAGCGUUUAAUAAGAGAACAUCAGGGGAAAUAUGCCCAAACAUCCCGCAUUUUACAACAGAGGCAGACGAUCGAGCUCAUUCCCAUAACCAAAGUGAACUACAGGUGGAAAGGAAAGCCUAAUUUUUACUAUGUGUAUGGAAAUGAGUUUAAAGUGAACGCUGAUGACUAUCCCGCCACCUGCUGCUGUUCUGUCAUGUAACAUCAAAUACACCUGACCUGGACAGUAGAAGUACAAUAUAAAUACUGUACAUCCAUUAAGAUGAACAAGUGUAAUGUAUUUGGGCUUGAUCAAUAUACAUCCUAUAUAUCCCAGAAUCAUGACAUGUUUAGAUGACAGACACAAAACUCAGGCUGCCCGAAUGGGGCAUUGUAUAUGCAGUAUAUGCAGCUUAAUCAUUUACACUGUAUGUUACAUUUUAUAUCACCUGACUCAAUAUGACCAAAUGUGGAUUACUUGUAGAUUGCAUGCAUUUUUCUAACUAUUGAAGAAUGUGAAAUAUAGUAAAUCUUAAAAAAAAAAAAAAAAGCCAAUGUAUUAAGUUUAAUAAAGUCAUGAGAAAACACCCCAAAA